GGGAGCGCGACAGUGAAGACGGUGAUAGUGGAUGGGACACCGUUAACAUAACGUUUUGUUUGGGAGGACAUCUCAGAACCGUUCAGUACGUCGAGACACGCAUCUCUGGUCACCUGAUGUGUCACCUGACACCGCGACGAGUGGUUUGCCGAGUGCCCCAAAACGCGUCUCCUAGCUAGACCAAUUUCCUCUGAACACAACCUUGGACGGCCACCCUGCACCAGAUUGUUUCCAGCGUGAACACCCGUGGCUUACUGAAUCUCCAUCGUCCACACGAGACCCUUGCACAACAACCGAACCGAGAAGCAUCACCUUCACUUAACCCGUUAACUUAAGAUGGCCGAAGCCACUUCAACCCCGCGCAUCACAGCGCAGUACCUCGACAACUACGUCGGCCGCAACGUCAUGCUCAUUGGCAAGGUCCUGCAGCUGCGCGGCGACUCUGCCGUCCUCGAUUCCGACGGCAACGUCACUGCCAUCCUGAACCGUGAUGUCCACCUCACCAACGGCAACGGUGCCCAGGUCAUUGGCAAGGUCAACCCCGAUCUGUCCAUCAAAGUUCUGAGCUCGCGUGAUCUGGGACCUAAUGUUGACUACCAACUCGCCUCCGCCCCGUCCAGGUGCGUGUACGGGCAAACCCAGGUCACCGUCUCCGCGCCACGCCAACCCGCGCGUGCUAUCAACAGCGCCACCACCCUGCCCCGAGCAUCUGCGGUCCGGCCUGCCACGGCGACCACUACCGUCAAUUCUCAACAUCAGAACCAUCAGCAGCAAAUACCGCCUUCAUCGCAACACCAUCAUUACCAAUCGCAGCUGUACUACCACUCGCCCACACCAACACCGCCCUCGCCCGAUUCGACAAGGCAUCAUUCCGCUAUGCCUGUCUUCUUGACCCACCCUCCUUCACCACAGACUGAGAAACAGUCUCCUGGCACCCUCCGCCCAUCGCCUCAGGCCUCCAGGCAGAGUCAUCGCCAUCAGCAAACCCUGCAAAUUACCCGUGGCCAGAGAGUUGGUAUUCCUUACCGUCCUUGUCGUACAGCAACUCCGCCCUCGACACCGUCGUUGACGGAUCUACCCAGCCAACCUACUGUCCUCACGCCAAGCACCAGAGGCCUGCAGCCGAUAGGGGCCAACAGAGACGUUGCUGGCGGACUCAGCAACGUAUACGAAGGAAGAGAUGGCAGGCAUCCUCGACAGAGAUGGGAACCAACGAGGCCAGGAGCACGAACCAAAGAUGUUGACGAUGCGGAACUACUUGACAACAUCCUGGACGGUAUCGGGCGCAUGGCUGUCGGAACUGUUGCCAUGCAGAUGGACGAGGCCGGGAGGUGGAGGAUCCGUCGCGAUUCGGAUGGCGAGAGCACUUAG